ACGUUACUGGUCAGUGCUGUGGCAAGACGUCCCGUAACAGAAGACCUGCACCAAAGAAUGUGGAUAAACCUGUUGUAAAACAACACAAACACUAGUCCCACAUCAUAAGAUGGAAGUGCAGGACCAGGAAUCUUUGGGGAGAUGGGAUGGGCUGGGCAGCAGGGAUGCCAGCUCCAGGAAUGAAGCCAUGGAGAACAUCUGCCAGGAGAUCAUGAGGAAAGUGGAGGACAUCAAGCCCAUACCACCUGCCCUAUCGCCCUCGGCCACAGGAACACCCCCCAACUGCGACCUGAAUGACAUCCUGGCUCACCUUCUCAUGCUCUCCAAACGGUGUCCCUUUGAAGACGUCAAGGGGCAAUGCAUUCGGCUUCUACAGGCCGUCCAGGACUUGGGAAUAAGGAUCCCAAGACCCUUAGGAAACGGACCAAGCAGAUUUAUCCCUGAGAAAGAGAUUCUCAAAGUCAGUAAAGUGGAUGCCCGGACACAGUCGAUAUUUGAGGAUGCAUUUGCAGCCCUCGGUCGCCUGGAUAACAUAUCCCUGGUGAUGGGCUUCCACCCACAGUACCUGGAGAGUUUCCUCCGGACGCAGCACUACCUGCUGCAGAUGGACGGACCCCUAUCUUUGCACUACCGACACUACAUCGGCAUCAUGGCGGCAGCUAGACACCAGUGCUCCUACUUGGUCAACCUGCACGUGAACGACUUCCUCCAGGUUGGUGGCGAUCCCAAAUGGUUAAAGGGUCUCGAUGAAGCCCCACAGAAGCUGCAGCAGCUCGGAGAGCUCAACAAAAUCCUGGCCCACCGACCCUGGCUCCUCACCAAGGAACACAUGGAGCGUCUUCUGAAGGCGGAGGAACACAGCUGGUCCCUGGCAGAGCUGAUCCAUGCCGUCGUCCUCCUUACACACUACCACUCCCUCGCCUCCUUCACCUUUGGAUGUGGCAUCACGCCUGAGAUCCACUGUGACGGCGGACACACUUUCAGACCCCCCUCCCUCAGCCAGUUCUGCGUGUGUGACAUUGCUAACGGCAACGGUCACAUUAAUCACCAUGAGGAUCCACUGGGCAACCAGGAGAUGUGUGGCGAGGUGGAGGUAUUGAUGGAGCGCAUGAAGCAGCUGCAGGAAUGCCGGGAUGACGAGGAGGCCAGCCAGGAGGAGAUGGCGACACGCUUUGAGAGGGAGAAGACGGAGAGCAUGCUGGUAGUCACUGCGGAGGAAGAGGAAUGUGUGCCCUCCAGGGACAUCUCCCGACACUUUGAGGACCCCAGCUACGGCUACAAGGACUUCUCCAGGAGGGGGGAGCACGUGCCCACAUUCAGAGUGCAGGACUACAGCUGGGAGGAUCAUGGCUUCUCCCUGGUCAACAGACUGUACCCUGAUGUGGGUCAGAUGCUGGACGAAAAGUUUCAGAUGGCCUACAAUCUGACCUACAACACCAUGGCAACGCACAAGGAUGUGGACACCAGUAUGCUGCGCAGGGCCAUCUGGAACUACAUCCACUGCAUGUUCGGCAUCAGGUAUGACGACUAUGAUUACGGGGAGAUAAACCAACUUCUGGACCGUAGCUUUAAGAUCUACAUCAAGACCAUGGUGUGUAGUCCCGAGAAGACCACCAAACGAAUGUAUGAGAGCUUCUGGAGGCAGUUUCAGCACUCUGAGAAGGUCCACGUUAAUCUGCUUCUUAUGGAAGCGCGAAUGCAAGCAGAACUGUUAUACGCUCUGAGAGCGAUCACCCGCUACAUGACAUGAAGUGCUUUUUGGCGUUUUUAUCGUUUGUCUUUUUACUGUCAUUGUUGUUCAUUAUGGGACACCUCAAGAAAAAAAAAAUCAAAGGGGGGGAGGGGGGAUGUGAGAAGCCCUGGGUUGUGACGGAGCUUGUUGGAUGGAUGUCCAGAAGAGGAUCAGAACAAAUGAAUGAGAGAGGAAAAAAAAAAAAAAAAAGAACUGUUGAAGAAUGUCUUCUCAACCUACAAGUGGAUACACGAAACUCAGUUGGUGUUGCCUGCAGUACCAAACUGACCAAGAGAGGGCGGCCUGCAGCAAACUCCUGCUCUGAGCACUGAUAAGGCGGCAUCCAGGAUGACGUUUCAGUAUUCCAGCAUCUCCUCCAUCUCCUGGUAGAGUGAAGACCUGCAGAAAAAAAAUCCCCAGAAUGCUGUGCAGCGAUAAACAGUCUGCACUUUGAUUCUAUCGUCACUGUUUUAUGUUUAGUUUCUUUAGAGUCUUUUUAUUUCAUUUUGUAUUAAGGGAAGUGAUGUUGAUGUGGUAACUGGACAUGGAAGCGCUAACUUAAGUCAGAUUUUUUUUUUUUACGUGUGCCUGAACUAUCCAGCACAGUGUGCAAACGUGCUGAUGCUGCUGCUCCCAUGUUGUUUUUAGUGGGGUCAUAUUGAUCCCCAAAAUCACCCCUGAAACCCCUAUCCAUUAGAAAUCCACUGCAUUACUCUCAACUCCCUCUCAUCCCCUACCCCCUACCCCAAAUCUCAAAUGUCAAUGUAAGCUAAUCUGAGGAGAGUGGAGAGAAACUCAAAGAACACUGUCUGAGCCCCUUUUUGAGUCUGACUUUACUCGUGUGGAUGAUGGAUGACCGAUGUGUGGAUGAAAACAAAAAAAGUAUGUCUUUGAAUUACAUGUGUCAAAAAAGCGAGGCAUUUUGAAGGAUAGACUUCUUGCUUCUGCUGUAGCUCUUUUUUUGUGAGAUAACUGUUAAUCAUUUGUUGUUGUUGUGUAUGUUGAUGAUUCUUCUUUUAUUUUCUGGUAAUGUUUGGGGAGGGGGGUAAUCAAAAGGAGAGUUAGAAACCAGGUUUUUCCAGGAGGGAUUUGCUUCCGGUUGUCCUAACCACACAGUAUCUGUCUUCCGCUUAUCCCAGCUGCCUGGUCACCCUAACACUUUUGAAGCUUUGGAUUGUGAAUUUUACCAGUAAAUGAAUACCUCUUGUUUUUCUCUAGAAAACAUAUAAGAAGUGCUCUUUGGUGAGCAGAGACUCUUUCUGGGGUGCUGUGUUCUCAUUGCUCGGGGACGAGGCACGCCCACACAGGGCCGACUGCGGUCGUAGCUGUGCUUAUUUCCCUACUGGGGAAGUCUAACCAGUGCAAAAGCAGCUUUUGUUUGUUUUUAAUUUUAUUUUGAAGAGGUGUGAAACCUCUGCUGUUUUUGUUUUUAUGUUUACUAAAAACCAGUUAAGUACUGCAUUCUUCUGAGGGCGGAUUUAGAGAAUCAGACGGAUGAAUGAGUGAGAAGGAGGAUGAAAAAGGAAUGGUACAUUUGGAAGUGGUUUGAGAGGAAAUGGAGGUUGUUUUUUUUUCAAGCUUCUGACUGAUGUCAGUUACUGACACUUUUUAUAUGAAAAAAGAUGAAAAAAAUAAACUAUGAUGUUAAA